AGAAAAAGUAGUAUGGUGAAGAAAAGCCAAGUCUUGGGUCGAUCUAGGUCUAGACUUGGUGAAUUGGAAAAUGAAAAUCUGAAAUCUUGGGCUAAAUGCACAACCUUAAAUCUCUUCUUCUAUCAAGAUCAUACUUGCAAUUUAGUAAUGGGAUCAUAUAGGCUAGUGUUAGCUCUUCUUUGCCUCAUUGGCUUAGCCUUCUUCCAUGUCUCCCAAGCUCAAAACUCUCCGGAGGAUUACCUAAAAGCCCAUAACGACGCUCGUGCCGAGGUGGGUGUUGGAUCAAUGACAUGGGACGACACAGUAGCUGCCUAUGCUAGAAUCUAUGCCAAUGAGAGAGCCAGAGAUUGCAAGCUCGUGCAUUCCGGCGGAACCUAUGGCGAGAACAUUGCUUGGAGUUCCGGUAAUAUGUCGGCCACAGAAGCUGUCCAGUUGUGGGCCUCUGAGAAGCCUUACUAUGAUUACAAUUCCAAUUCUUGUAUUGGUGGUCAGCAGUGCCAGCACUAUACCCAAUUGGUUUGGCACAACUCUGUUGGCCUUGGUUGUGCUAGAGUUCAGUGCAAUGCUGGGGGGACCUUCAUAACCUGCAACUAUAAUCCUCCAGGAAACUGUGUAGGCCAACGUCCUUUCCUUAUAAGAGAAGCCUCUGCUUGUUUCCAUGUAAAACUUUACAUGUAAGCUUUUAGAAAUCUUGAAUUUUAUGUCAGUUUCAUCAAGGAAAUCUCCCUCCCACCAUCCUCUCCUACCCCUCCAUCCCGUUUCUCCUUUUGCUCUUUUGGGUCGUAUUUUUAUUGCCUUUAGGUCAUAGUUUCCCCAUUCUCUCGGCUUCUUGGAGUUGGUUCCUCCUAGGCUUCCCCCAACCCUUUCCCUUAUAUUCUUCGCUUCUUAGUAAUGAAUUUAUUUAUUCAUCCAAAAAAAAAAAAAAAAAAUGGUUUGAAAAUUCGCUUCUCUUUUUAAUUUUCUUGAACCACAUGGAAUCUAACUAUGAAUUCAUCUUAGAAUAUACUUAAAAAAAAAAAAAAAAAAAACCAUGAAUUCAUCUCAUGAUACACUUACAAAGAACAUCAGAGUUAAGUGGUCCUUUUGUGACUCUUGAGUGAAGUGAUUCUCUCUGACCUUUGUUAUCCUGUCUUUCUUCAUUUGCAAUAAAAUUCUUUCCACUUUCGUCUCA